AUGUCUCUCGACCCUCGGGACUCCCAGCGACGCACACGAUCGCGCUCCCCAGGCGGUCGCGAACCAUCUCGCACACGCGCCGAGCCAGAACGCGAGCGGUCGAGGGUUCGCGCGCCGUCGCCGCCCAGCUCACGAUAUGACGAGAACCUAGCUUACGGCUACGAUGAAACGAUGGAGCUGCGGACGCGGGAGCGGCGGGGCGGCGCGCGAGAGCCGGACGUCGUCACGGCGGAGCCCAGGGACAGAGGACAUGGCGGCGGCGGGAGCCAGUAUCGAUCGAGUUCGCCUGCGCCGGGGUCCCGAGCGGACCCGUAUGCGGUUCCGGGGGCGUUUGUGGAGAGGGAGGAGGUGAAGGUUGGAUAUGGUGGGAGGAAUAAUGGGAGAGAAGUCAGAGAGACCAGAGAGGAUUACUAUGCGGGGGCGGGGUCUGGCUCGCGCAGGGAGGAUUAUGGAUGGCCUGAGACGGAGCGUUCACGAUAUCGCGAGACAGAGACAUACAAAUACGCAGAUCCAAGGGAUAGGGAGACGGAUGCCCGACGCUAUGAGGAGGAUAGGCAUGGGCGAGAACGAUCAGCCAGUUUCAAUGCCCGCGUUGGCCAUUCUAGCAUCUCGGGGGGCAUUGCCGUUGGCCGUGAUGACCAUAGGCCAUCCUACGCACAACCGCCAUCUCCUGUGUCGAAAUAUGCUGCACCAUCUUCUCCGACGAGACGCCCUAUUUCAUAUGCGGAACCGAAGCAGUGGGAAUACGCCCAGCCAGAUGAGAAUAUCACCUACACUCGACGUCAAAUAACAGAGCGCGCAGCGCGUCCUCGGAGUCCGCAACACCAGACAUAUGGCCGUCGGCGACGCGGCAGCACAUCAGACCACGGCGGUGAUUCUGCCCGAUCCUCGAGAUCCAACGUUGUGACGGUGGACCCAGGAUCUCGCGGCCGGAGGGACGCUUCACCUGCCCCGGGUCUUGCUCCGCGAGUACAUUCUCUCUCCUUGUCCACCGGCCACCACGGCAGCGCCUCCCUGUCUCUGGCUAAUGCCCCAGGAUCUCCUCUUCUCGAGUCGUAUCAUGGAACUUACCAGAGUAUCUCCCCCAUGCCGUCUCCGCUCAUGAUUGCUUCUACGCCACACUCAGAUUUCGUUGAACCCCUCUCUCCCCUCUCGUCUGAUAAUGAAAGAGGGAAGUCCCGCCGCACAGCACGCUUUCAUGACCCCGAAGAAGAAGCCAUUAUUCUCGCCAAAGCCCUGAAGGGUGAGAAGCGGGCUCCCAAUACCGCGCCGUUAGUCGAGAUCCUCCCCGGACUCACGCACGAGCAGGUCCUAGAAUUGAGAGUCCAGUAUAAAAAGAUAGUAAAGACGGGGAGUGACAGAAAAGGCGUGAAUGUAGCCAAACACAUCAAGAUGCGUCUCAAAGAAGAAGAUCCCAGCCUUAUGAAAGCCUGCUACGCCUGCGCCCUUGGAAGAUGGGAAUCCGAAGCCUACUGGGCGAAUUUCUGGUACCAGGGGGAGAAAUCGCGACGGGAGCUACUCAUCGAAUCCUUGAUGGGCCGCACGAACCGCGAGAUCCGGGAGAUCAAAGACGGCUUCUCGGACAAGAAGUACGGCGAUAGCUUGACGAAAUGCAUGAAAAUGGAGCUCAAAGAGGACAAGUUCAAGAAGGCGGUUCUGCUGGUGCUGGAGGAGAGGAAGAUGGAUGAGCGUCCGGGGGACAGGAUCGAUCGGCACCUGGUGGAGGAGGACGUUCGAAACCUUCACAAGGCAGUUAGGUCCGAGAAGGGGGGCGAGACGGCCAUGAUCUCUAUCGUGGUCGUGCGAGGUGAUAAUCAUCUCAGGGAGGUGCUACGUGUUUACGAGGCGACCUACCGAUCGAAUUUUGCGAGGGAGAUGUUGAAGAAGAGUGGCAAUCUCGUCGGCGAAUUGCUCGCACACAUCCUGAACGGGGUAAUCAACAAGCCCGUCCGCGACGCCCUCCUCAUCCACCACGCGCUCUCGCUCUCCAAGUCCGACUCGCUACGCACCGAGCUCCUCAUCAGCCGGCUCGUGCGCUACCACUGGGACCGGCCGCACCUGGAACUCAUCAAGAAGGAAUACCGCGCUCGCUAUGGUAUCGAGAUGCAGGCAGCGGUUCGGGAGGGCACGCGCGGCGAGUGGGGCCGCUUCUGCGAGAUGUUGUGCGUGCGGCGCAUGGGCGACGAGAUCCGGAGGGUCGAGAGGGUCGAGGAGGUUACUACUUAUGUGCGGAGAUAA